UCCAAUUUGGGAUUAAACCAUAAUUAUACGGCUGGGUUCUGCUCGUGUUCAGAAGACACCCGUCCAUCAAAGAACAAACUAGCUUGGAGGUUAUAUAUUAUUUACUUUGACUGAGUGUAGGUGGAUAAAUAACUUUAAAUCAGCUUGAUAUAACAAUAGAGCUAUCUAGUUCAGUCAUAAACCAUCACAAUAUGCUAUUUAGCCCAAACUCUUUGACAGAAUGUAUACAGGAAUGGGAAGCUCUCGAAAAGGACUAUCAACAAGUUCAGGAUACCCAUCGCCUCUACAAACAAAAGCUGGAAGAGGUAUCAAAAUUACAGAAUAGUUGUGCAACUUCUAUUUUGCGACAGAGGAAAAGGCUAAAAGAGAUUUCAGCUUCACUUGAAGAAUGCAAACAGAAAGGGAGCCCAGAGGACAUAAGCACUAUAGAUGGGAUUCAAGAGUCAAUGAAAGAAAAGAAAAAUGUAUUUUUUGAGAUGGAGUCCUUCCUUCCAAAGAAAAAUGGGUUAUACCUCAGUCUUGUGCUUGGAAACGUGAAUGUUACCCUCCUUAACAAACAGGCCAAAUUUGCCUAUAAAGAUGAAUAUGAGAGGUUCAAGCUCUACCUGACCAUCAUACUUCUACUUUUCUCCUUUAUGUGUUGGUUUGUAGUGAGCUACAGAGUGCUUGAUGCUCUUUUCAACUUUCUGCUGGUGUGGUAUUACUGCACAUUGACGAUAAGAGAGAGUAUACUUAUUAAUAACGGUUCUAAGAUUAAGGGCUGGUGGGUAUUUCAACAUUAUGUCUCAACUUUCCUCUCUGGAGUAAUGCUGACUUGGCCUGAAGGAGAACUCUACCAAAUGUUUAGGAACCAGUACCUGUCUUACUUUAUGUAUAUAAAUUUUGUCCAGUUUCUUCAGUACUACUACCAGAGUGGCUGUCUGUACCGGCUUCGUGCCCUGGGAGAAAGGCACAACAUGGAUCUCACUGUUGAGGGUUUUCAGUCCUGGAUGUGGAGGGGAUUAACAUUUCUGUUGCCUUUCCUUUUUUUCGGCCAUUUUUGGCAACUCUACAACGGAAUCACACUUUUCCAAAUGUCUCAACUGCCAGAAUGGAAAGAGUGGCAGGUACUAAUGUGUGGAUCCACCUUUCUUGUGCUGUUUAUGGGGAACUACUUCACCACACUUGGUGUAGUUUACCAAAAAUACACAAAUCAGGGAAAAGCAAAAGAUAUAUAAAUGAAAGCCAAAUACACUCAGUCUUUGUGCACAGAAAAAAAAAGAUUUGUAUUUGUAUUAUACAAAUGUUUUUAUCUCCUUAGUUGUACUGUAUAUUAUUGUGUGAAGUUUAAGCUUCAGUAUCAGUACAACAAUUCUAACAUUUAUUUUUAAUUUACAGAUUUUAAUUUAAAAGUAGUGGAAAAGUUAAUGAUUGAUACAGAGUUUCCAGUUUCUUUCCAUCUGGUUGGUGGAUUGGCCACUGACAUCUCAUGCAUGAUGUGUUUCUGACUCACUGUUCAUGAUAGACUCUGGAUCAACUGUAACACUGACCAAAAUAAAGCACUUACUGAAAAUGUA